AGCGAUUUUUCUCCUGGCUCCUUGGAGUGUGAGACCAUUGAGAAAGACCAGAGCCAUUCAUCGUUAGUGGGUCAUUUGUCACGGUGAUGCCAACAACCACUGGAAGUCUUGCACGGCGACCAGCACUUGCACAAUCCAAGGAACACAUUGCACCCAUACAUAACCGAUCUCGGAGACACUAAAUUGAACCAAAAAAAAUCGCUUUGCAAACGUGUGGGACAUCGCUUUGGUUGCCCUCUGAUUGAUAAGUGGAUAGAGAGAGAGGUCUUUUCCGCAACCCGUUCGAGCCAACUCGGAGCGUCUGCCGCAACAUCCUCCUCGCACACAGAAACCACACCUAUCCUCUCUCCAUUUCCAAGAUGUACUCUAAAUUCUGGCCCAAGGGUGGUCUCCCCGGUAUUUUGCAUCACUAUACCGAAACCCUCGUCACAUUCGAAUAUACCUCCAGCACCGUUCGCAAACCACACAGUCUCCUCUUCGUCGGCGGCCUCGGCGAUGGCCUCGCAACAACGUCAUACAUGGCCGAUCUCGUGCGCGCCCUAGCCCCCACGGAAUGGUCGAUUUUCACCCUCAACCUCACCUCGUCGUACCAGGCCUGGGGCCUGGGCCAUCUGGACCGAGACACGACGGAGAUCGCACAAUGUCUCACCUACAUCAAGGAAUACAAGACCGACAAGUUCGGCCCCGGGAAGAUCGCCCUGAUGGGCCAUUCCACGGGGAGCCAGUGCGUGCUGCAUUACCUGUGCCGACCAAACCCGCACCCGGGGGUCCCUUUGUUCGACCCGGACUUGGAGCAUGUGCGCCGGCCCGAGCUCGACGGCGCGAUCAUGCAGGCGCCGGUUUCCGAUCGGGAGGCGGUCCUGUGGUGCCUGGCCGAGGGAAUCGGGGGCAAGUCCCCCGCGGAGGUGCGCGAGGUGUUUGAGAAAGUGGAAGAGCUGGCCAAGGAGGCCGAUGAUCGCCAGAAGAACCCAUGCGACACGGUGCUCCCCAUCGACAUGACGAGGAUUAUCUAUCCGAGCAAUGUGCCGAUUAGCGCCCGGCGGCUGCUGAGUCUCAUUAGCCCCGAGAGUCCGCAGGCGCCGCGGGAAGACGAUCUGUUCAGUUCGGAUCUGGGCGAGGAACAGCUCGCGAAGACGUUUGGAGUGGUGCAGCAGCGCGCACUGCUGAAGCAUAAGCUGAUGGUGUUGAUCUCGGGUGCUGACCAGUCCGUCCCGGACUGGGUGGAUAAGAGGCAAGUCCUGGAGAAGUUCCGGAAUGCGACCACGCGCAAUGGGGAGAAUGACAUUUGGGAUGCCGAGCAUAGCGCAAUUAUUCCCGGUGCUUCGCAUGCCUUGAGUAAUGAUGACCAGGCAGAGCCCCGGAAGUUCCUGGUCGAGAAGGUCUUGGGAUACUUGCGCGAGGCGGAGAAAGUAUCGGCAUGAGAGUCUUCUAUAAAGCACAAAACUUAGGAACGUUUUUUUCAACCAUGUUUUCGUUGUAUAUAACUUCUCUUUAUUAUCUUCAUAAACAAAAUGAUAGUCACAUUUGAUUGUGU